CUCUGCUGCUCGCCGGCGUCGCGCUGGGUCUGGGAUGGACCACGUCGCCCGCCAUCCAGCCAGCCAUGUCCCUCCCUCCCAGCGCAGGCGCCCGAAUCCAAAUUCCAAUCCAACCAGCCUCAUGCCGCCUCUUCCCCUUCCCACCGCUCCGCCGCCCCGUGCUCUUUGCCAUGCCCGCCGCCUCGCCCUCAAGCCGCUGCGGUGCCGCCGCGGCCUCGUGCGCGUCAGGGCGUCGGGGGAUAAGGCCCAGCCGCCGCCCUCCAGAACCCAGAUGAUUAUGGACAAGAUUUCCUCUGCCGGCGAAGAGGUCGGCGGCGCCGGCGGGGCGUACUCAUACGACGCGCUGAAGAGGUUGGACCAAAUCUGCGCCAGCAUAUGCUCAGCACCCCAAGAAGCCUCCUCCUCCAAAGCCCCUCCCCAGAUCGUCACCCGCGUCCAAGGCCCAGCACCACCGGCGGCCGCCGAUCCCGGCGUGGAGACCUUCGACGUGCUGGUGUGCGGCGGCACGCUGGGCAUCUUCAUGGCCAGCGCGCUCAGCUACAGAGGCCUCCGGGUGGGCAUCGUCGAGAGGGGCGCCGUCAAAGGCCGGGAGCAGGAGUGGAACAUCUCACGGAAGGAGCUCAUGGAGAUCGUGCAGGUCGGCAUCCUCUCCGAGGCCGAGGCCGAGCAGGUGGUCACCAGCGACUUCAACCCCAACCGGUGCGGCUUCGAGGGUAAAGGCGAGAUUUGGGUGGAGGACAUCCUCCACCUCGGGAUAUCGCCGGCGAAGCUCGUCGAGAUCAUGAAAGCCCGCUUCAUCUUGUCCGGAGGAGCGAUCUUUGAGGGGAAGAGCGUGUCGAGCAUCUCGGUUCACGACGAUCUUGCGGUGCUGAAUUUGAGCGACGGUGAUCGUCUGCGUUGCCGGCUCGUCGUCGAUGCCAUGGGCAACUUCUCCCCGAUAGUGCGGCAGAUCCGCUCCGGCAGGAGACCGGACGGACUAUGCCUCGUUGUCGGUGCCUGUGCUCGUGGGUUUGAGAAGAACACAACCAGUGAUGUUAUCUUCAGCAGCUCGUCGGUAAAAAAAGUUGGGGGAGAUUCAGGAGGAUCAGUGCAGCUCUUCUGGGAGGCAUUUCCUGCUGGCUCCGGCCCGACUGAUCGCACCACAUACAUGUUCACAUAUGUCGAUCCGCAGUUCGGGUGCCCGAAGCUGGAGGAACUCCUGGAGAUGUUCUGGGAUCUCAUCCCUGGUUACCAGGACACAGUUCUUGACAACUUGGACAUAAGGAGAGUCAUAUACGGGAUCUUCCCGACUUACCGUGACAGCCCGCUGCCGGCCGCGUUCGACCGGAUCUUACAGGUCGGCGACGCCAGUGGGAUCCAGUCACCCGUCUCAUUCGGGGGGUUUGGGAGCCUGACAAGGCACCUCGGCCGUCUGUCCAACGGCGUGCACGAAGCGGUUUCAGGAGAUUUCCUGGACACUCAAAGUCUGAAGCUGCUAAACCCUUACAUGCCGAAUCUAAGCGCGUCAUGGCUGUUCCAGAGGGCAAUGUCGACGAGGCCAGGGACGGGUAUCUCGCCGACUUUUAUCAACGAGCUUCUCUUUGCGAACUUCCAGUCGAUGCAGAGGCUCGGGGACUCGGUGCUCCGGCCGUUUCUCCAGGAUGUGAUACAGUUUGGACCCCUGGUGAAAACGUUGGGCCUGGUGAUGAUCAGCCGGCCGCGGAUCUUGCCUGAAAUAUUCAGGCAGGUUGGCGUUGGGGCCAUCCUCAACUGGUCUGGCCACUUCGUGAUGCUUGGUUACUACACGUUUCUUUCUGGCUUUGUCGGUCCGGCUGUUCGGCCCUGGGUUGAAUCUUUGGCGCCGAGGGGUAGGUAUCAGUGGGAGCGGUAUCUCGAAGCGUGGGAGUAUGGAGCUGGCUUAGACUAUCGCCAAGAGGAAUGAAGAAGCUCUGGCCAUUAAAAAGGAAGUACCAUACUUCCUCGGCAGAAAAACAGGGGAAUUUGCUCGCUGGUUGGGACAAUGAUCAAUUAUAAUUUCAGGCUGGCUGCAUUGUCCUCUGCAUUCUGAAGCUCCUCUGCAUUGUGAACUUCAGACUGAAGCUGGGAGGUUCCACGUUUUAACUGAUGCUCCUGAUCACUGACGGUGCUUUGUAUCUUACUUUUGAGUUUGGGUCAUCAUAUGUUUAUAGAGUGUAUGCUGGAAAAUGCUUGUCUUGGCAUUUUCUAGAGGGAACUUAUGUCUGAUCAAUGUAUACUUACCAUACUUUCUCCGCAAAAAACAAACAAACAUGGGGGCAUUUGCUCGAGUU